GACGGUGCAUCCGAGCAACGAUUGGUAUUGCUGGGAAGCCGAGCUUCGCCCCUCGCGACUUGAAGCGAAUUGGGCAGGGGCCUUUACAGGGGGCUCAUUUGGUCUACUGGCUGCGAUAUCCGAGUGCCUACCCAUUCCAGCCGCCGAAGUUCGACAGUUCUGCGCGCUUUGUCGGUUUCCCGGUCACCUGGGACGAGGUUGAGGUGGGUUGGUGGAUUUUCCUCAUCCCGGCCAGCAGUCAAGAUGGCCGACGCUUGAAGGGCAGGGUCGCGCAGAAGACCGCCGAGGAGCUGAAAAUUUGCUUCCGAAGGGACGGAUCGGACGAAGAGGACGAAGAGGAGCGCCUAUCUCAGGAAUGGUGGAACUGUCACGACCUAGUGCUGGGGUGCAGUGCAGAGGCCGUGGUUCACCAUCCAUUGCUGAACGCAGGAGGCGGCGCCUGCUCUUGUGGCAUCCGGGAUGUUUGGAGUCCGAGCAGGUCGUUCGCGCACUGUUUGGCGUUCCUGCGCAUCGCCGUGGAGGACCCAAAAGACGGCCAGAAGCCGGUGCCGCGCGACGGGACGGAAGAGAUGUGCUUCUGCAGCUACGACGACGAAGUCUCUUCGCAAUACGCGCACAAUCCGACGGCCUGGCUUUCCAAGGUCGCGUGGGGAGAGGUCUACGAAUCCAUCGCU